UCCGCGAGGAGCACUCCCGCGCAUAACCUUGAUUGGUUAAUUUAAAUUUAGAAUACUGUUACUACAGUUGAGGAUUCUAUUUGAGGAAGUGGUUGAAAAUGUUCGGUGUUUUAAAAGGCACGAGAUGGGUUAAGGUGAAAGAAUUACGUUGUGUCCAGUAUCAUUCAGGUGUGGGAGUGUUCGGGCAUCGACCGCGAGCUGUGAAUGACAUCGCAGAUAUACCAGAAGAUAUUAUUGGGAAGCGUCACGAGAACUGUCGGGCGCAACAGCUAGUCAAUGCCUACCGGACUUACGGACAUCUCAAAGCUACUAUUGACAACGUCGAGUAUAAGAAGCCAGACAGAAACAUCAAAGAACUGAACAUAACAAGAUAUGGACUCGCACCAAAAGAUCAUGUGGACUUAGGUUUGCUGUACGGCUAUACCGGAAAGAAAGAUGUAGAGGAUUUCGUUGAAGAACUAGAAAAGAUAUACUGUGGCCCUAUCUCUUAUGAAUUUUCUUAUUUAGAAACGGAGGCAGAAAGAGAAUGGUUUGCUCAAAGAGUAGAGAGUGUCCCAGACACCAUAGACACUGCAAGAAGACUAGAGAUUUUGAAAGAGUUGCUGGAAACCCAGGCGUGGGACAAAUUCCUAUUGUUAAAGUAUCCAUUUAUGAAGAGGUACGGCGCUGAAGGAGCUGAGUCAGUACUCACAUUCUUUUCUACGUUGAUAAAACUUGCAUGUGGUGAUGGUGUCGAAUACAUCACUUUGGCAAUGGCUCACAGAGCGAAGCUCGACCUACUGUCAAGCAUGCUGCAGUGUCCUCCGAUGAAGAUAUUCCACAAGUUUAACGGCAACUGUGAAUACCCACCGGAGGCAGGCGCGGCUUGUGAUACUACCACUCACUUCAGUGCUUCCGCCAACAUCACAGCAGACGGCAAGAAGUUAAGAAUCUCUCUGGUCAAUAAUCCUUCACAUUUGGAAGCUGCAAAUCCAGUGUCGAUGGGAAAAGCAAGAUCCCAGCAGCUGUUUAUAAAAGAAGGUGACUACUCCAAAGAACAUUCUUCGAAUCUUGGCGACAAAGUUAUGAAUAUUCAGGUACACGGCGAUGCAGCGUUCGCAGGGCAAGGUAUAAACCAGGAAACACUAAUGAUGUCACAGGUGCCACAUUUUAGCAUCGGAGGAACUGUUCAUGUCAUUGUUAAUAACCAGUUAGGUUUCACGCUGCCAGCGAACCGUGGUCGAUCCUGCAGAUACGUCACAGACUUGGCUAAAGCGAUCUCUGCUCCUGUCAUACAUGUUAACGGUGAUUAUCCUGAGCUCGUGUCAAAAGCAACGAAAAUAGCAUUUGACUACCAGCGAAAGUUCCGUAAAGACGUCUUCAUUGACUACAACUGCUACAGAAAAUGGGGACACAACGAGUUGGACGAGCCGACCUUCACAAACCCACUUAUAUAUAGAGUCAUAUAUAACAGAAAGACAAUUCCCGACUUAUACGCUGAAAAAUUGUUGAAUGAGGGCCUGGUUGCAGAGAAUGACGUCAGCAACAUUGGCGAUAGUUACACCAAGUAUUUGCAGUCGCAAUAUGAAAUGGCGAACAACUAUAUACCUGAAGUGUCGUAUUAUCAGGAGCAAUGGUCAAAGAUGUCCCCUGCACCAAAAGCUGUGGAGAUAUGGGACACCGGCGUUCGCGCUGACAUCCUGAAGUCUGUCGGUAUUGCAUCAGUCUCCACACCCGAACAAUUUAAUAUUCAUCCACAUCUCGCGAAGACUUAUGUGAAGAGUCGUCUGAAUAAAAUAGCACAAGAAAAAGACAUUGACUGGGCGACAGCGGAGGCGUUAGCUGUUGGUUCCAUCCUGCUGGAUGAUCGACAUGUUCGGUUAAGCGGCGAGGAUGUCGGCAGAGGCACCUUCUCACAUCGGCACGUGAUGCUGGUAGACCAAGAAACGGAAAGCAUUCACAUACCCUUGAACCAUAUCGAUGAGAAUCAGAAGGGAUUCCUGGAGACAGCGAAUUCAAUUCUCUCGGAAGAAGCAGUGCUCGCCUAUGAAUACGGCAUGGCGUCACACAAUCCCGACAACCUCUACAUUUGGGAAGCGCAGUUCGGAGACUUCUACAACGGGGCACAAAUCAUUGUUGACACUUUUAUAGCUUCCGGAGAGACUAAAUGGGUCCGCAGUAACGGACUGGUGAUGCUGCUGCCACAUGGCUACGAUGGUGCAGCAUCAGAUCACUCCUCCUGCAGGGUUGAGAGGUUCCUUCAGCUCUCAGAUAGCUCCGAGACCAGCCCUGACUCCGAGGCAGUUUGCCUGCACGUCGUCAACCCCACCACACCUGCGCAGUAUUUCCAUCUCCUAAGGAGACAGGUUGUACGGAACUAUCGGAAACCUUUAGUAGUGGUUGCUCCCAAGAUACUGCUUCGUUCGCCCGACGCUUUGUCAUCUCUGACGGACUUUACACCAGGCACACACUUCAAGCCUGUCAUUGGUGACAGUGUUGCUGAGCCAUUAAAGGUGAAACGAGUGAUUCUGGUUACGGGGAAACAUUACUACGAAUUACACAAAGAGAGACUAAAGAAUAAAAUCGACGACGUCGCUAUUGUAAGAGUUGAAUCGUUGAGCCCGUUUCCAGUUUACGAUAUACAAAGGGAGCUGGAGAAAUAUGGGAAUGCUAGAAAAUUUAUAUGGAGUCAGGAGGAACACAGAAACAUGGGUGCGUGGACUUUUGUGAAGCCACGAUUCGAAAAUAUGCUUGGAAGAAAGCUAAUUUAUUCCGGUCGAAGUGAAGCUGCUACUCCAGCCGUUGGCGCCGCGGUUCUUCAUAGAGCUGAAGUUGAGCACAUCAUUCGAGAUCCGCUAUACAAUAUUAUUUAAUGCAUUUUAUUUUCAUUUAAUAUAAGCGUUACUACUGUUUUUGUACUUUAUCUGAUUUCCAGAUUAUAUCAUUGAUUACACAGA